CUUGUGUAUGAGACCAAUCCACGCCAAGUCAAUGCUAUCGACUGCGGGAUCUACAUGCUUCACUACUUCUACAAAAUCAUGUGCCACCUUGACGCGAACCCGUCUCGGUCGUUGGCGGAUGCACUGGAAGAGAUGACGCGGGGCUCGUUCAACGUUAUUAAGGCUUCCAGGUCGACUUGUUCCCUU